AUGGUACCACGGCUGCUGCUGCCGCCACCACCGCUACUCAUUGACCCGCCACUGCUCAACUCGGCUAAUCCAUGGUGCACGACGCUGGAGCAGCUGCGCGCGCUGUACAUGAGCCCGCACACGGGCGCAAUCACAACGCGCACGUCGCUGCUAGCGGGGUUUCCGCAUGACUCUAGGCAUCACCAGUUUACGUUUUUCGAGACGGAUGGCUUGAGGGCUUGUGGAAGGAAUGUGGAUGCAUGUGGGAGUGAGCUUGAUACUACCACUACGGCUACGCCUACGCCUACGUCUAUCGCUACCGCCACCGCCAGCCUCAACACACUGGGCUACUCUCCUCUCCCGCUCUCCACGUACUUGGGUUUCGUCCAGUCGCUCAGCGACACAUGCUGCGAUGCCGCAGCCCUGCGCGCUCAGAACCGCAGCACCCCCAAACCCAUCAUCGUCUCCGUCACGGGCUCCAUCGCAGAUGUCGUCCAGUGCUACGACUGCAUCUGCGCGCUACAGCCCUCCGUCUGCAUGCCGCUGGCCAUGGAACUCAAUCUCUCAUGCCCAAAUAUCCCUGGAUGCGCGCCGCCCGCGUAUGACGGGCAGGCCUUGACACGGUAUCUGGAUGCGCUGGGGGACAAGAUGCGGGAGCUUGCUACUGCUGCUACUGCUGCUGCUGCUGAUUCCGUUCCUGAACCAGAGUCUAGGAACCGGAGCGGGAAUGCGGAUAACAAUCAGCCUCAGAAUCAGCCUCAGAAUAAGCAUAGUAGUGGCACGGGUAUUAUUAUUACUACUAGUACCAACGUCAGCAGCACUGGUGCUGCUACUAAUACUGGGAAUACUAGCAAUGCAGUUAUUAUUAACGACCAUGACCAUGAUGAUGACAAGAAUAGCAGCGGCACCACGGCACACGUUGUCGUACCCCUGGGCCUCAAGACGCCGCCGUACACUUUUGACGAGCAGUUCCGCGCCCUGGGGCGUGCGCUCCAGAUAAGCGGCUGUGCGGCGGCGCAGCAACAUCAUGAUUCCCACUCAACAUCGUCGUCGUCGUCGUUGUCGGCGGCUACGCGCCAGGCAGACCCCUGUCCAUGUCCAGUAUCCUUCAUCACCGCCGUGAAUACGCUUGGAAAUGCGCUUUUGGUGGAGCCGCUGCUGCUGUCUGGAAUAAGCACUUCAUCCACAUCAUCGCCAAGCACAUCAACAUCAAUACCACCACCACCACCACCACCAGAAAAGGACCUAGGAGAAAUACGACAAGGACAAGGACAAGGUCAAGAGGGAGGAGGAACGAGGCUUUCAUCACCCCAUUUCCGCUCCUCGCUCGCCUCCGCUUCGGGAUCCGGUCUGGGCGGCUUAGCUGGCGCGCCGUUGCAUCCGCUGGCGCUGGGCAAUGUGUAUACGAUUAAGGGGCUGCUGGUGCAACAGCAACAACAGCAACAACAGCAACAGCAGCAACAGCAGCAGCAGCAGCAACGGCAGCUGAACAGUGGCAUCCAAAUCCAGGUUAUUGGCGUCGGGGGCGUGGCGGAUACAGAGGGGUAUCGCAGGAUGCGGGCGGUAGGCGCGGAUGCGGUUGGUGUGGGCACGGCGCUGGGGCGAAGGGGGGUUGCUGUUUUUGGCGAGAUUGAUGUGCGUGGCGUGGGAGAGGAGGGGUUAUAUGAAGAUGAAGUUAUGAAGAUGUUGUGA